AUGAUAAUGUCUGCACUCCCAAAGACUUCGACAUCACAGCCGCGCUUUCAGGAGCAAAUCUCUCCUCAAGCCCUCCGCGGUCGGUCAGGAACCCUUCAAGCUCCCCCUACAACAGACUCCAGACCAGGAACGAGCGCCUCUCGCUUUUCCACAAAAUCCGCCCGUUCAAUCUUCUCAACACUCUCCGGCAAAUCAAAAUUCUCAACCAACGGGCAUCACUCACGAACCUCCACCCUCAAACAAGCCAUCAAAAACAAGAUCCUCAGAGCGCCUAAAGAGCCAGAGGAAGCAGAAGGCUGGGUCCUCCGCCCGGACCUGCUAAUCGAAAUGCAGGUCGCCGGACGCGGUGGAGACGCAGCAAAAGUGCGUAAAGAUAGCGGGCUGGAUCGUAUGCCUUGUCGCGGCCGUGCUGCGUCCUCAGCGAGUGCAAGCGGCUUUGGUGAGAAUUUUCGGAGGGGGAGAGCUGGGGCCGUGAGUGAAGGUUGUGCGUCGAGGCCGGGGACUAGCAUGGGCGUUGCGCUGGGGGGAGGAGUAUGA